AUGACAGAGGAAUUCACUCAACAACUUUUAGGCAAACUGCUAGAGUUGCAAGAAAAUGGGCAAGAUUGUUUCAAUAUUGAUGCCAGUGAGACGCCUGGUCAAGAAUCAAUCGCCCGUUAUUUGGAUUGCAACAAGGAGACCCAACACAUCACCACCAAUAUCUCCACUUUCAAAGGCGACGGCAAAUUCCAACCUACGGUUGCUAAAUGCAAAGCAGGAGGCUCCAAGAUUUAUGUUGCAACCUCCUCAGACCAGAUAUCUUCCAUCCUGUUGGCUAUCAUAUCACAACAAUUGAUUUUGGUGCAAGAGAAAAACAACCGAGUUUCAUUUCAGAUUGGGGCGCAGCCAAGAUGGAACAUUCGAACCAUAUCUGAAGAUAUGAUAGCCAAGCAGUUCAAUGAGGAGGAUCCAGAAAGUAUGUUAUCUCUUUAUUUGACCAAAGAUUCAAUGAAGAACAGGGAAGACCACGCAUUUUCUCUUGUUCCAUAUCAUGCGACAAGCAAAGUGGCAGAAGGAAAGCAAUUGGCAAUGCCUUGGGGAGGAAAUUGUGGCACUUUUGGAUGGAUGCAGUGCCCGGCUAGUUCCUACAAUUUGAUGGCUGCGCUUGUUAACAGAAAACUGGUCCUAACAGAAGGUGAUGAUGUGACCACCACAAAUGUUGCCACCAUUCUUCAACUGAUAUCAAAGCAGUUCAAGGGUCUCACAACAAAAGAAGCAAUUAAAGACUUUGUUGCCAGGUUAUUAAAAAUGAAUCGUUCCCAGGAGCUCCAAAGUGUCAUGGGUGAUCUUACCAAAAGCCUACAGCAAUGUUCCAUUCAAGAUCUCAUUUUAAUUGCAAAGGUGCAAUGGGUUCACUUGGGACUACCUUGCUUUGCAGCAAUUGGAGGCCGCCGACGGCUGUUCACCUUGUGCCACGUCCUUCUAGGUAGGAAAGCCGUAGGUAGAGGCUCUAGCCAUGCCCCAAUUCAUGGACAUCUUCCCGAUCCACUCAUCUGGUACCGUGCUGAUGUGCAAAUUGUAUUGGCAGAUAACGAAGUACUUCUGAAGAAAUUGAGCGAGGAACUGCAGCUGAGGGCAACAAAAGCAGAGAUUCUUACGCUUCGAGACUUUCUUCUGCACAUCUUAGAUAAUCAAAAAAGGCUUGAAUGGAAAGGUCCAAUGGCGCAAAAAGUGUUGAAAGAUGAUGGGUUGUUUUGGGAGGCAGCACGGAACGCGGUGGAAACACAUACAAGCUUCAAUUCCAUGACAUCAAGGGGUUUAAACACGCCUCGCUCACUUUUUGAUGUUUUGAAGGCCGGUAUCAAAGAAAGUAAAAAAAGCAAUUGGUCAAAGUUUAUGACUUUGUUCUCUGAAGGAAGGUUGCUACUUCCAUCCCAAGAACAUGGUGAGCCACAUCAAGAACUGAUGCAAUUUCUCAACUCUGAGAAAUGUUCUGAGAUGUUCCCAGUUCUUCUCCAAAGACAAGCUGACGAGAAAUGUCAUGUCACUUUCCAGGACCUCCAUACGUACCUGAGAGCAAUUGCUGGAUGGCUGGUUGAAACCCUAUUGAUAUUUGUCAACUUCAAAGCCUUGAAAUUCGAUGUACGGGAAGCCACUAUGGGUACGAUCCUUAGGCAUAGGGUUUUUGGCAUUCUAUUCGAUGUAAUUACAAAAUGGGGAUUGGCAAUUUACCAUGACAGUCAAGAAACCGAGGCAUCACCUCCCCUACAAACCAUUAACACAAGUCAACCUACCGGUGCUGGGCUUAGAUCCAACCUGUUUGCUCAGAUCAAGCGGAUGACGCUACGUUUAGAGAGUGGGCAUGAUGUUUUUGACCAUAGUUUUGCAAAUGCUCAAUACACUGGGCGGUAUGGAAUACCUGAAUCGGUCAUUGAGUCGACAAAGAUAGGAAGCAUCAAGGAAUGUUUCAAAAGAGCUGUCUUGGCAAAUGAGAAACCAAAAGCAACUCUAAUUGUUGGUAUGGUCACUUUUGCACUUCCUCCUCUUCCACUACAUUCCAUUGGAGAAGCAACUGUGCUUGAUGGGACAGAUAACCAAACCGUCACCAACUGGGCGCUAUUGAGUUUCAUGCAACAGCAAUCAAAAGGGCAUGUAUUUACCAUUGGGUGUGGGUCGGGCAGGUCCCACAAACUUCACCCUCACCUACAUAUGGAGGGCCUUGCACAUGAAGCCAAGGCAAAAGCGAUGGAGAUUCUUGAAGCUUUCGACGAGAUUGACAAAUUUGAAGAAAUCUACUUGGAGUAUUCAGAAAAAUACUGGACGAAUCUGGAUUUUGGAGACACUAUUGUUGAAUUGGCAAAGCUAAUACAAGAGGAUGGUGCCAUUCAUGUCCCACCUCCUUUCACUCAGCUGUUACGGGCUUCUCAACAGACACUACAUCAAGCCAGGCUAAAGGUUGAAAAUCUUGGUUCUACCUCAUCUGAUGACCACCUGCUCUUGAAGGCGACCCAAGCGCUCCCACCAUUCCUCCUUUUGAAGCAACGUGACCUUGAUCUCACAAAAUCAUUCAGGGUUUCAAAGGUCAAGGACGGCGAAGCUCCUUGCUUCCAAUUGAAGGAUGAUGAAGUAGAGGUGACCCGUCGCAACGAGUCUCCCAAAAGAGGAGGAGAGAUGAUAGGGCCACGGAGAAGGAGCAGCAGAAACAUGCCAACCCUCCCUUUUAAUUCACUACAGCAGCAACAGACAAUCGUACCACCACCAGACAAGAUCAAUGGACGAGGGAAGAAACGGGAAAACGAAGAAAAUGGCAACGGAAGGAGGACAAGAAGGAGGCGAGGCAAAAGAGGCAAGAAGCAAAAGGAGAAGGAAGGACAACAAAAGGGAGAAAAUAGGAAAAAGGGGAAGACGAAGGACAAAGAGAGCCAGCAUGCAACAAGAGAGACCAAUACUUCAAAAGCAGCAAGGAGCAACCCAAAUGCCCAGCCGUCAGACCCAACAGCUCCACCAUCCUGCUUCCAAGGCAUACUUUCUGUGUUGUGGUUUUGGUACGGUGGAGGCUUGUUUACAAAAGAAAGUCUAGCCACAUUCCAGUCUCUUUUGCAGAGUUGGUUCGACAAGAAACGAAAUAUGAUGGAGGGUCCAAGACUGGAUUCAAUACAGGCGCAGAUUGUCCCAUCUGGGGGCUUUCACCAGCACAGUUUCGAGCAACCAAAUGGUAAAGAUCCAUUCAAUUUUCUGCUAGUGAGGCCAGAGCUUCUAAAAGGAGUGGUAAGCCAUCUAGAAAAACAUGACAUGGAGCAUAACAUGGUUUGGAAGCCGAUUAGAAUACUCGGCUAUGAAAGAAAACGCACAGCAAAUGAAGGACUUCCCCUUGGAGACAAGGCACAUGGUGCUGGCUCUUAUUCCAUGUUCAGCUGGGGGAAAAUUGGCAGCAUCGGGCAUUAUACUCUUGAUGAAACCCCUCCGGGCGAUUGGACGUAUGCUGGUAAAACACUGCUCGAGCAAUAUGUGAUGGCAGAGAUGGAAGAGUUUGCCUUGAAUGCAGCCCGGCUCAUUUAUCCGGGCCAUGAGAAUGAUACACUGCAUGAUCUCAUUCGGAAUUUUCUGGUGCAUCCGGGCAUUGUGGAGACCAACAAGGCAUACCACCAACGGCUCCACUAUGAUAGGCCCCAUCCUGAAAAAGGGCGUACUUUCCAUCUGCAUGUACCCCUCAGCACUGAUGGCAUGUUGCUGAGAAUAAUGCGAAAGGGAGAAAAGCAAAGUGAGUUCAUCUUUGUGCCAUUUGGUUGUGCACUGGCUAUUCCAGUGAACCUCAUUCAUGCUGGAGUCUAUUCCAAGCCUGGAAGCAAAAACAUCAAUAGGCGAUUGCAUAUAGUAGUCACAGAAAGAGACGCUCUGAAGUAUCAUGAAAAACAAGACCACUUGCAUAUCAAUGGCAUUGAAGAAGAUCAGUUCCCAUCGGAGCGGUUCGAGGAGGCAAUGAAACCAAAUGCAGAGCAGGACUGGUUCAGCAAAAUGUAUCUGAAACUGUACAAGCGAACGGCAACAAAGCUAAUAGGCAACGUUAGGUGGUGCAAUGGAAGAUAUACCAUGACCCGCAACAAUGAUGGCAAGGAUGAUGAUGAUGACGACGAAGACAACGCUGAUGGAGAUGAUGCUGAUGAAGACAAGAAUGCGAAAGACGAUGAUGACGAAGACAAUACUGAUGAACACAAGGUCGGCAAAGAUGCUGCUGACGAAGACGAGGAUAGCAGCAACACUAAUAGUGGCAUAGUGGUUUAA